CUCUUUGCAGCCUGUAUUUCUUUUAUCCAUCGCCAAUACUUUCGUAUAUUUUUAUCUCUGCAUUCUUGUUGCGCAAAAACAUUAGCACUGCACGCCAACAACAUGACCGAUCAACACGAUCAAAAUGCACAACCGCUGCUAACGCUCUAUCUCGUCCGCCACGGCGAAACUGAGGUCAACCGACGGAACUGCGUGCAGGGCAAGCGCGUUGACCCGCCGCUUAACGAACGCGGGCAAAUCCAAGCGAUGUACACCGGAAAGCGGUUUAAAAACAUUGCAGUUGAUUGGGUGGUGACGUCGGAGGCGCUACGGGCCAAGGAGACUGGCGCUGCCAUCAGCAACCACCACAUCAACGCACCAGUUAGCCACUUUGGUGCGCUGAACGAGCUGGAGUUUGGCGAUCUCGAGGGUACGCACGUAACUGCGGGGUACAACGACCUUAUCAUCCGGUGGGACGUCGACCACAAUACUGAUCUGGCUGCGCCGGGCGCACAGGGCGAAUCGCCGGCGGACUGCGAGCGGCGCGCAAUGCCCUGUAUGGUAGAUAUCGCCCAGCAGGCGGUGGCCGAGGGGCGAAGGCACGUAUGCGUUGUUGUGCACUCACGACUGAUCCAGAUCGUGCUGGCCAGCAUGCUUGACGGCUCGCUGGCGACCAUGGAGGCGUACAAGCAGAAGAAGGCCGCUGUCAAUGUGGUCAACGUGCUCAGGCGCCUUGAUUCAAGCAUGUGGCCAUUCAAUUGCGUUGCGCGCGAGGUGAGCAGCGUCACACAUCUUCCCGAGGACGUUGUCUCGCGUGUUUCCAGCGCUACCAGUCUGAACAGCCGGAAUCCGAAGGACGAGCGCAUCCGCUUCGAGACAGAUGCCAGCGGCAUUCUGGUGCUGAGGCAUCUGUGAGACACGGUUGAAGUAUGAGCAUGUGUGGAGACGUCGCUUUACCGCUUGAAGCGAAAUGAAACAGGGCGGGGAUACGGCGUGUCAAAAUGCGGAGACCGGAAUCUGGGGAGCGGAG